CCUGUUCACUGUAGCGACAGGGGUGACGAGCUAGGUCUUGGGGGACAGGGGUGGCGAGCCCCCGGGAGGGGUGGAGCGCGGAGGAGGCCGCAGUCCCGCCUCCCGCGCCCCAGGGCCGGGUGCUACGUGCGCCCCUCUGGUCCCCUCCGGAGCGACAAGGGGAGCCAGCGAGUCCAGUGGUUAGCGAUGCUGCCGCGGUCGCUGCUGUCGCUGCUGCCACUGCUGCUGCUGCUGCUGCUGCUGCUGGGGGCACCGCGGGGCUGCGCCGAGGGCGCGGGGGCGACGCCCACCCCCGAGUGGGCCCUCGAGUGGCAGGGUAAAGGAAUAUUUAUUAUCCAAAGUGAGAGUCUCAAGAAAUGCAUUCAAGCUGGUAAAUCUGUACUGACCCUGGAGAGCUGCGAACAACCAGACAAGUACAUGUUGUGGAAAUGGGUCUCAAACCACCAUCUCUACAACAUAGGAGGCAGCGGUUGCCUGGGCCUGAAUUUGUCAAAUCCGGAGCAACCAUUAAGCUUAUAUGAAUGUGAUUCCACCCAUGUCUCCUUGGGGUGGCACUGUCAUAGGAAGAUGAUCACGGGCCCGCUCCGGUAUAUGGUCCAGGUGAAGCAGGACAACACAGUGGUGGCCUCCUGGACAUAUACCCAUAAGUGGAUUUCCUACCUGUCAGGUAGUGGAGACAUUUGUGAAUAUCUGCACAAAGAUUUGUAUACAAUCAAAGGAAAUGCGCACGGGAUGCCGUGUGUGUUUCCCUUCCAGUACAACCAUCAGUGGCAUCAUGCAUGUACCCGAGAAGGCCGUGAUGACGACUUACUGUGGUGUGCCACGACAAGCCGAUAUGAAAGAGAUGAAAAGUGGGGAUUUUGCCCAGAUCCCACUUCUGCAGAAGUGAGUUGUGAUGCUGUCUGGGAGAAGAGUCUCGAUUCACACAUUUGCUACCAAUUCAACCUGCUUUCGUCUCUUUCUUGGAGUGAGGCACAUUCUUCAUGCCAUAUGCAAGGAGGUGCUUUAUUGAGCAUUGCAGAUGAAACUGAAGAAAAUUUCAUAAGGAAGCACAUGAGUGGUGACACAGUGGAAGUGUGGAUAGGUCUGAACCAGCCGGAUGACAAGGCAGGCUGGCAGUGGUCUGAUGGGACUCCGCUCAGCUACCUUAACUGGAACCCAGAGAUAAAUUUUGAGCCCCUUGUUGAAUAUCCCUGUGGAACAUUCAAUUCAUUUAUGACAAGUGCCUGGAGGAGUCGGGAUUGUAAAUCCACCUUGCCGUAUAUAUGUAAAAAGUACCUAAACCACACUGAUCACGAAAUAGUUGAAGAAAAAGAUGCUUGGAAAUAUCAUGCUACACACUGUGAGCCUGGGUGGAACCCCUACAAUCGUAAUUGCUACAAACUUCAGAAGGAAGAAAAGACCUGGAAUGAGGCUUUGCGUUCUUGCCAGUCUGAUAACAGUACACUAAUAGACACCAUUUCAUUAGCAGAGGUGGAGUUUCUUGUAACCCUCCUUGGAGAUGAAAAUGCAUCAGAAACAUGGAUUGGUUUGAGCAGCAAUAAAAUUCCAGUUUCUUUUGAAUGGUCUAAUGGCUCUUCAGUCAUCUUUACCAAUUGGAAUACCCAUGAGCCACACAUUUUUCCAAAUAGAAGCCAGCUAUGUGUCUCAGCAGAACAUUCUGAGGGACACUGGAAAGUUAAAAAUUGUGAAGAAACACUUUUUUACAUUUGUGAAAAAACAGGCCGUGUCCCUUCUGACGCUGAAACAGGAUGUCAAGAGGGAUGGGAGAGACAUGGCAGAUUCUGUUACAAAAUUGACACAGUCCUUCGAAGCUUUGGCCAUGCUUCCAGUGGUUACUACUGUCCCCCUGCACUUGUAACCAUUGCAAACAGGUUUGAACAGGCUUUUAUUACCAGUUUGAUCAGUGGUGUGGUGAAAAUGAAGGACAGUUAUUUUUGGAUAGCUCUUCAAGACCAAAAUGAUACAGGAGAGUACACGUGGAAGACAGCAGGGCAGACGUCGGAGCAGGUGCGGUACACGCACUGGAACGCGCGCCAGCCCAGCUACAGUGGUGGCUGUGUUGCCAUGCGAGGAAGGUAUCCACUUGGUCGCUGGGAAGUAAAGGACUGCAGACACUUUAAGGCAAUGUCCGUGUGCAAACAGCCAGUUGAAACCCAGGAAAAAACUGAGCAUGAAGAGAGAUGGCCCUUUCACCCCUGCUAUUUGGACUGGGAAUCAGAGCCUGGUCUGGCCAGUUGCUUCAAGGUAUUUCAUAGUGAAAAAGUCCUGGGGAAAAGAACAUGGAGAGAAGCUGAAGCAUUUUGUGAAGAAUUUGGAGCUCAUCUUGCAAGCUUUGCCCAUAUCGAAGAAGAGAAUUUUGUGAAUGAUCUCUUACAUUCAAAAUUUAAUUGGACAGAAGAAAGGCAGUUCUGGAUUGGAUUUAAUAAAAGAAACCCACUGAGUGCUGGCUCCUGGGAGUGGUCUGACGGAACUCCUGUUGUCUCUUCAUUUUUAGACAAUAUUUAUUUGGAAGAAGAUGCAAGAAAUUGUGCCGUGUUUAAGGCAAACAAAACCUUGCUGCCCUUGCACUGUGAUUCCAAACGCGAGUGGAUAUGCAAAAUUCCAAGAGAUGUGAGACCCAAGAUUCCAUCCUGGUACCAGUAUGAUGCACCCUGGCUCUUCUAUCAGGACUCAGAAUACCUUUUUCACACCUAUGCCUCAGAAUGGUCUGCCUUUGAGUUUGUCUGUGGCUGGCUGCAGGGUGAUCUUCUCACAAUUCACUCUGCACACGAGCAGGAAUUCAUCUACAGCAAAAUAAAAAUGUUGUCCAAGUAUGGUGCAAACUGGUGGAUUGGACUCCAAGAAGAAAGAGCCAAUGAUGAAUUUCGCUGGAGAGAUGGAACACCGGUAAUAUACCAGAACUGGGACAAAGGGAAAGAAAUAUCUGGGAAUAAUCAGAGCCAGAGAUGUGGCUUCAUUUCUUCCAUAACAGGACUCUGGGGUAGUGAAGAGUGUUCAGUUUCUAUGCCAAGUAUCUGUAAGAGAAAGAAGAUUUGGGUCAUCGAGAAAGAGAACAACACACCAAAACAACAUGGAACGUGUCCCAAGGGAUGGCUAUAUUUUAACUAUAAGUGUCUUUUGGUGAAUAUCCCCAAAGACCCAAGCGAUCAGAAGAACUGGCCACGGGCUCGGGAUUUCUGUGUUGAAGCUGGAGGGACACUGGUGGCCAUUGAAAGUGAAGUGGAGCAAGCUUUCAUUACUAUGAAUCUUUUUGGCCAGACCACUAAUGUGUGGAUAGGGUUACAAAAUAGUAAUUAUGAAAAAUGGCUAAAUGGAAAGCCUGUGGCAUAUUCUAACUGGUCUCCAGUUGAUGUAAUAAAUAUUCCUAGUUAUAACACCACUGAAGUUCAAAAACACAUUCCUCUCUGUGUCUUGCUGUCAAGUAAUCCUAAUUUUCAUUUCACCGGAAAAUGGUAUUUUGAAGACUGUGGAAAAGAAGGUUAUGGGUUUGUCUGUGAAAAAAUGCAGGAUGCUUCUGGACAUGAUGUAAAUACAUCUGACAUGUAUCCAGUCCCCAAUACCUUAGAAUAUGGAAACAGAACUUACAAAAUAAUUCAUGCAAAUAUGACGUGGUAUGCAGCAAUAAAAACCUGCCUGGUGCAUGGAGCAGACCUGGUCAGCAUCGCAGACCAGUAUCACCAGUCCUUCCUCACCGUUGUCCUCAACCGGCUCGGACAUGCCCACUGGAUUGGACUGUUCACCACAGAUAAUGGUCUUAAUUUUGACUGGUCAGAUGGCACCAAAUCCUCUUUCACUUUUUGGAAAGAUGAGGCGUCAUCCUUCCUUGGCGACUGUGUUUAUGCCGACACCAGUGGACGCUGGCAUAGCACAGCCUGUGAGUCAUUCCUGCAAGGUGCCAUUUGUCAAGUGCCCACUGAAACAAGACAAUUUGAACACCCAGAGUUGUGCUCAGAAACAUCUAUUCCCUGGAUAAAAUUUAAACGGAAUUGCUACAGUUUUUCUACAGUCCUAGACAGUACGAGUUUUGAGGCUGCUUAUGAAUUUUGCAAAAGGGAAGGAUCUAAUCUUUUAACUAUCAAGGAUGAGACUGAAAAUGCAUUUCUCCUACAAGAGCUUUUUGCUUUUGGUUCUUCUGUCCAGAUGGUUUGGUUGAAUGCUCAAUUUGAUAGUAACAAUGAAACCAUAAAGUGGUUUGAUGGAACUCCCACAGACCAAUCAAACUGGGGCAUUCGGGAGCCAGCCAGGGACCACUUCAAGCCCCAUCAGUGUGUGGCCCUAAGCAUCCCUGAAGGAGUGUGGCAGCUUGCUCAUUUAAAAGAAAAACCUCACUUCGUUUUUUUUAAUUUAAUUUUAGAUAUUCACACUACAAAGGAGCAUCCGGGAAAAGGACCAAAUCACAGUGUGGUUCCUCUUGCAGUAGCACUGAUCCUGAUAAUAAUGCUGGCUAUUUUCACACUUUCUUUCUAUAUAUACAAGCAAAAUAGUGGCUUCUGCAGGAGACUUGCAGGGUUUCAGAGCCCUUACUAUCCUACAACCAACUUUAGUACAGUACAUUUGGAAGAAAACAUUCUCAUUUCUGAUCUUGAGAAGAAUGACCAGUAAUCAUGAAGUCAGAGAAUGCUACAGCCAGGAGGAUGAGUAAAGAAGAUGAAGCAUGGCUUCUACUUCCCGUUGUAGACCAGAUGCCGUUAGAAUGUGAAUUGGGUCCCUAUCUGAAUUAUUCUUGAUGUGAUUAAGAGUUUUUAAUUGUAACCAAAUUAGAUAGGUUUUGAUUUAGUCAUUUCCCUAAAUUGUGAUCCAUUCUUUAAAAGGGGAUAUUAUGCAGUGGUUCUUAUUCAGAAAGACAAGAACUAUUAAAAGAAAUUCCCUACUGAAAACUCUUAAACCAAUAUGAACAAUAGUUUUUGCUAAAAUUUUUUGGAAAUUUUAAAGCUAAUCUGUUACCUAUGCAAACAUUUACUGACCCUCCACUGAGAGAAAAGAAAAGCAAAAAAAAAUUGUUUUUAAAUCCAAAACUCAUAUUUAUAGGAGAGGAAUAGGAAAGUCUUCUGAAAUGUUUCUUGUUUGCUUAAUUCCAUUUUUAAUAGCAAGAUUUGGAAAAUACUACUUUCUAAGGUUAAGGGUCUGAGGCUCUGGGCUCUACACCAAUAUUUAGGAUGAUAUUUGCUUUUAUUAGGUCUGAGUUACCAAGCUAAAGGAGAAGAGAUGGCUUUCUUUGAAUACUAAUGACCUUGGUUAGCGACACGCUUUCAUAAGCAACCACCCAGUUUUGAUGAUGGGCCAUUAAACCUCCAAUCACUACAUGGUGACUAAGUUUGAUAUUUUAAAAUGUUUUACAGGUAAUCUUAAAGGAAUAUUUUGAGAUUUGAAUCCUGUUAAACUCAUGGACUUUAUGAAAAACUAAAGAUACUAAUAUAUGACACGCAAUCAGAAGAUAUAAAAUAUAACUUUAAUUUAAAGGGGAAAAAUUGAAGAUCUGAAUUAUAACUAGAGGAUAUGUUGAGAAGUACCCAAUGAAUUACAUUUCAGUAGUAAUAUAGAUACUUUUAUUACAGUAUAAAUGAGUUUAUUUUAGGUAUUUUAUUUAAUACACCCUGAUUUCUGGGAACCAUCUUCCUUUACAGCAUAUUGCACUAGUUAGUCCAGUUGGGAAACCAUAGUUGAACGUAUAACACUGUCUGUAAAUUUUUAAAAAUCACCUUCA